GGACACCGUGGAUGGCAUCGUGGCAACCCCAGGCCGCGUGGUCGACGAGGCGGUGAGGAACACCGCGCAGAAGAUCCAGAACGCUCCCGCGGAGGUCGGGUCCUCCCUGAGCAGACAGGCCAGCGGCCUGGCCAGAGAAGCCACGGACACCUUCUCCAAGGUGCCUGGCAGGCUCGGGCAGGUGGGGAAGGCCGCCGUCGACGGCGCCGUCUCGUCGGUGCAGGCCUCGGUCGGGGGCGCCGUCUCGGGCGCCCAGGCCCGGGCGAGCGAGGCCGCGGCGAGCGUCCAGAAGGACCUCGCGAACGCGCCCGCCGCAUUCGCGGGGGCGGCCCAGGCCAGCGCCAGCGAGUUCGCCGAGUGGGUAGGCAGCGCCGUUACGGGGCGUGCCAGGGAGAUUGCCGACGCCAUCGUCAACACGCCCAAGGACGCCGUCGACGCGAUCGUGGUCUUUGUUAGCAAGUCCCUGCCGUCGUUCUUUGUGAAGAUCUUUGAGGAGCGGCUGGACAGCGCCGCUAAGUCGACGCAGACCGUCCUGGAGGAAGCCAGGCUCGGGCAGCGGGCGCCCACCCAGGCCGCCAGGAGGGGAGUCGCCUCCGCCGUGGAGGCCACUGGCGACGCCGUCGGCUCCGCCGGCGAGUUCAUCGGCAGGGCCGCGGAGGGCAGAGUGCAGGGGGCCGUGAAGGACACGGAGGUCUUCGCCCGCGAGGUCCAGGCCUUCCCCUCCGUGCUGGGC